ACCUGCCCUCGCUUCUGGCGGGGGUUGCAGGCCUCCUGUGUACCUGCCACUGGCCUGGUGUCCACAGGACAGGUCAGCCCCAUGUGGGCUGGCUGGGAGAGGCCCUGUGGAGCGGACUGAGCUGCAUGGCUGAUAAGCACGGGGCCCUCAAGUGCACCUUCUCAGCGCCCAGCCACAGCACCAGCCUCCUGCAGGGCCUGGCUGCCCUCCGUGCGCAGGGCCAGCUGCUGGACGUCGUGCUCACCAUCAACAGAGAGGCCUUCCACGUGCACAAGGUGGUCCUGGCUGCCUGCAGCGACUACUUCCGGGCCAUGUUCACGGGCGGCAUGCGGGAGGCGAGCCAGGACGUCAUUGAGCUGAAGGGAGUGUCGGCCCGUGGACUGCGGCACAUCAUUGACUUUGCCUAUAGUGCCGAGGUGACGCUGGACCUGGACUGCGUGCAGGACGUGCUGGGCGCCGCCGUGUUCCUGCAGAUGCUGCCGGUGGUGGAGCUGUGUGAGGAGUUCCUCAAGGCGGCCAUGAGCGUGGAGACCUGCCUCAAUAUCGGCCAGAUGGCCACCACCUUCAGCCUGGCCUCACUGCGAGAGUCAGUGGACACCUUCACCUUCCGCCACUUCCUGCAGAUCGCCGAGGAGGAGGACUUCCUGCGCCUGCCGCUCGAGCGCCUGGUCUUCUUCCUGCAGAGCAACCGGCUGCAGAGCUGCGCCGAGAUCGACUUGUUCCGCGCUGCCGUCCGCUGGCUGCAGCACGACCCGGCCCGGCGGCCGCGUGCCAGCCACGUGCUGUGCCACAUUCGCUUCCCGCUCAUGCAGUCCUCGGAGCUGGUGGAUAGUGUGCAGACCCUGGACAUCAUGGUGGAGGACGUGCUGUGCCGCCAGUACCUGCUGGAGGCCUUCAACUACCAGGUGCUGCCCUUCCGGCAGCACGAGAUGCAGUCGCCACGCACCGCCGUGCGCUCUGACGUGCCCUCGCUGGUCACCUUCGGUGGCACGCCCUACACGGACAGCGACCGCUCCGUCAGCAGCAAGGUGUACCAGCUGCCUGAGCCGGGCGCCCGCCACUUCCGUGAGCUCACGGAGAUGGACGUGGGGUGCAGCCACACGUGUGUGGCCGUGCUGGACAACUUCGUGUAUGUGGCCGGCGGCCAGCACCUGCAGUACCGCAGCGGCGAGGGCGCGGUGGACGCCUGCUACCGUUACGACCCGCACCUGAACCGCUGGCUGCGGCUGCAGGCCAUGCAGGAGAGCCGCAUCCAGUUCCAGCUGAACGUGCUGUGCGGCAUGGUGUACGCCACUGGCGGCCGAAACCGCGCCGGCAGCCUGGCGUCCGUGGAGCGCUACUGCCCGCGGCGCAAUGAGUGGGGCUACGCCUGCUCGCUGAAGCGCCGCACCUGGGGCCAUGCCGGCGCCUCCUCAGGGGGCCGCCUCUACAUCUCGGGGGGGUACGGCAUCUCGGUGGAGGACAAGAAGGCGCUGCACUGCUAUGACCCCGUGGCAGACCAGUGGGAGUUCAAGGCCCCCAUGAGCGAGCCCCGUGUGCUGCACGCCAUGGUGGGCGCUGGUGGCCGCAUCUACGCGCUAGGGGGCCGCAUGGACCAUGUGGACCGCUGCUUUGAUGUGCUGGCCGUGGAGUACUACGUGCCCGAGACGGACCAGUGGACCAGCGUGACGCCCAUGCGGGCCGGCCAGUCCGAGGCCGGCUGCUGCCUGCUGGAGCGGAAGAUCUACAUCGUUGGCGGCUAUAACUGGCGCCUCAACAACGUCACGGGCAUCGUGCAGGUGUACAACACCGAGACGGACGAAUGGGAGCGGGACCUGCACUUCCCUGAGUCCUUCGCGGGCAUUGCCUGUGCCCCCGUCCUGCUGCCCCGGGCUGGUACCAGGAGGUAGCGCUGGUGACCCGGGACCUCCGCCAGGUUGCGCGUCCCAGCGGUGCAGGACCUGGGCGCUGCCCGGGCUGGCUCAGCUGCAGCCUGGAGGGGUCCCCCUGCUCCAGUCCCUGCGUCCCUCCCGGCCCACCGGAUCCCGGCGUGGCACCUUGUGUUCUCCCGGGCGGCUGCCUCACCGCCCUGGAGUCCUGGCAGUGGGCGCUGGGGUCGCCCCGGCAGUCACUGUCAGGGCUCUGCCCCGCUGCCUGCCUUCUUACCCAGCCCCGCCCAGCCUUAAGCUGUGAGCCGCGCACCCCUUCCUGGCUCCCGCGUGCCUGUGCUUUGAAAUGAGCUCACCCACUGCGUGGUGUGCGGACGGCCAGGAUGAGGAGCGGUGUGGACCGGGACGUGUCUGCCCCCCGGGCGCUCGCUGCCGGGGGGGCCCCGCCUCUCCUGCCCCCCACUCUGAGAGCCCUGAGACCGCAGGGCCAAACCUCCUGUGGGGCUCGAGGUCUGAGGUGUCCCUGCCCCAAGUUGGAGGGCCUCGGGCCCCCGGCCCCUCCCACGUCAGGUGGGCACUGUGGGCUGGGCCACCUGGGACCUGCGCAGGCCGGGCGAGGCCUCUCCCUCCCAGGCUGUGUGGCUUCUGUGGCCACACGCGUUUUGCGCUCCAAACCUCGAAACCUCUCCUUUCUGCUUUGUUUUACGUUGUUUUUUUUAAGGAGGCAGCACUGCUGUCUUCGAAAUGAGAUCUGUACUCUAGGGGCAGCUUGAAGUGUCUCUCUCGCUGCUGACGAACGAUGGAUGUCGUGUUUGCGCGACCGCUCACGGUGUAAAGGAUUAACCUCGUGCCUCCGCCAGCGUCGCCUCUCAGUGUCUCCUUUUAUUUAAUAAAAAUGUUAUGGUGGAAAGAUGGAGCGGCCGGCGCUGAGCCCGGGCAGCUUGGCCGAUUGCUCACAGA